AUGAGUCAAAGUCAAUACCCGAACAAGUCAACGUCUCUAGAGAUAGCUCAAGAUGUCGUCAUGGCAAAUGGAGAGGCAGAUACCCGCCUACUAACAGAGCCAUCACAAAAGGCGAGGAUAGCACCGGGGAGCAGUGUAAUGAAGAAAUCUUCCUCUUCGAGCUCAUCAAAAACGGGGUCACCUAAAAAGCUGCAAGAUGAAGACUUGGCAGACAUUAAGCCAUUGGUUGAGGAUCCGAUCUUUCGAUUUUUACUCGAAACAAAAGCUUUUCAUUAUGUGAUCUCUGGAAUUCGAGAGCACUUCGAGAAGCACCCAGGUCUUGCGUCUAAACUCGGCAUUGUUCUAGCGAAUUUGGACCCUACCAGCAAUGCAUACAAGGAAACUAAAUCUGACGAUGCCCUAAGAAACGCAUUGUUCGACGCGGUGUCCAAGGCUGUAAAUGAUUCUAGAGUAGAAACAUGGAGAGUGACCCCUCAUACAUCUUUCAAAUCCAGAUCAGAAGGCACAAAUGAAAGGUUCGUAAGAACUUCUUCAAUUAGUUGUAUCAUUGAUCACCAGGAUAUUCCAGCCACACACAAGGCCUGGA